CUUACGAGGGGCAAACAUGGCAGCCUCAUUGAUUUGCAGCAAGACAGAAAGCAGGGUGAGUUCUGUUCUGAAUAGAGAUGUCAAACAAUUCGGGAAGAAGUACAUGUUUGAUUCUAAUGAAGAGACCUGCUGGAAUUCUGACCAGGGUGGUUGCCAGUGGGUGUUUCUCGAGUUUCCACAGCUGGUUAGAGUCUCGGAAGUAAAGGUCCAGUUCCAGGGCGGAUUUUCAGGGAAAACCUGCAGAUUGGAAGGGUGUGCAAAAGAAGGAGAAUUCAAAACAUUCUCAUAUUUUUAUCCAGAGGAUAACAACUCUCUACAGAGCUUUCCCAUUCAGGAAGCCCCCUUGGCACAGAAGAUGAAAAUAGUUUUUGAAAACAGUACAGACCUUUUUGGAAGAAUAAUUGUUUAUUCUUUGGAUAUCCUGGGAGAAAGAGCUUGAUUAUGUUUGUGUUUCUGGAAAGAGAAGGACCAAGGAGAUGGAGGUGCAGCAGAGAAGAACAGCAAAUACUUCCUCUCAACUGCUGCUGUGUGAAAACACUGUUAGGCUUUUUUGGAGGGUGCAGAUUUGGUUAGCUUCUCACUUUCAUCUCACAGAUGAAGUGAAGAACUAAAGUGAGGAAAAUCUGAAUGACUUGUGUCACACAAAGCCAAACAACUGACUGAACUGAUGGAUUUUUUGUUGUUUUAAUCAUUUCUGUGAGUAUGGUAUUAUUUUUGGAUAACUGAAGAAAUAUGCCUUAUUUUCAGUAAACAGUU